GACGUCAAAAGCCGGUGCCUCUAAAUUGAAGUGACCUUCUUUGCGACCGCCAGAACUCGCUCACCGGCCGAGAGAAGCAUCUUAUAACCCCACAUAUUUAAUCAAAAGCCGACUAUGGGUGACAUCGCCAAAGGAAAGAAAGCUUUCGUCCAGAAGUGUGCUCAGUGCCACACAGUAGAGGAGGGGGGGAAGCACAAGGUAGGCCCUAACCUCUGGGGUCUGUUCGGACGCAAGACUGGGCAGGCACAGGGCUACUCGUACACAGACGCCAACAAGAGUAAAGGUAUUGUGUGGAGUGAGGACACCUUGAUGGAGUACCUGGAGAACCCCAAGAAGUACAUUCCUGGAACCAAAAUGAUCUUCGCUGGCAUCAAAAAGAAGGGCGAGCGCCAGGACCUCAUUGCAUACCUUAAAUCGGCAACAUCAUGAACUAGUCAUUAACGUUAGAAUAUUUAAUGCUGUCUUAUUGUAUUUUAUUUUUUGGCUUUCACAUAAUUACGGUUUUAUGUUUAGUCAUUUGCAAUUAUGGUUAAUUUAUGUUGUGUAAGGUUAGAAAAGUGGCACCCCUUGUUCACAGCUCGUGUCACUUCCUCUUUUAAAGGUCUGAGUGCAAGCAAUUGUUCAAAUGGCCAAACAUAAAACUACAGUCUGUUUUUGUUUUCUGUACUUUGACUCUAAUGAGGAGAAAACAACUAAUCCCAUUUUCAAUUUUCUAGCUGUGAUAAGUCUCCUGACCUGCCACUCAUUCUGUUUUUCCAUGGCAACAUGUGUCUGGUACUUUCUGCUAGCAGAGCCAUCCGCCAUCAACCUCCAUUUUUAAACUUAUUACUAAAAAAAAGUAACCGAAAAUGAGCUACAUCAGAGUGAAACUGGGUGGAAGUCUUUGGAUUUUUGGUGGUUAACUGGUGCUGAAUCUCUUAUCUACUCCCAAGCUUUCAUGCCAACUGGAGUUUCCAGCCCAACCUUAGAGGAGUUGACGGUGUGAAUUUUCGACACUCCCUGUCAUCUGUUCUUAUAUAUUGAAGAUCAGAAACUACCACUUGCCAUGAAUGCUCUUUAAAUUCCACACACUGAACAUUUAGUCUACCGAAAGUCCGAAAAAAUCCUGUUGCAUACAAGAACUCCUAACAGAGCCGGAUCCGUUUGGUAACGGAAGCAGCACCCACUGAGCUCCGGAUUUUAACCCCCCUGGCAGUUAUCAGACUCAAUACAUAAUGAUUAUAAUAAGUGUGCUUACCUGCCUAAUCAGCUACGCAUUUUGGGGUAUAAAUGUAUGUAUAUUUACAUGAAUGCUUUCAAAACCACAUACAAUCACCAUGCCAACAAUGUUGUGGAGCUACUGUACUACAGUAUGUAGAGGAAGUAUCAAGGGCACCAUCUAAAGUGAGGGAAGAUUUUAUGUUAUUUACCUGGUUUCACAGGCCAGAAAGAGUUUUAACUUAUUUUACUGUAAUCUGACAGACUGCAUCUGUAACAUGUUCUGACGGGGCUACUUGCUGUCGACGUACACAGCAAAACACUGUAUGCACAUGAACAAUAUUAUAAUGCUACGUUGUGUGGUUGUGGACAGGAUGGAUAAAGGAUCAAUUAAAAGGAAACGUCCAGAAGUGUAAA